CAGUAGUUAGUUGCUGGCAAUGGAACGGGUUCGUUAACGCUGGCUUACAGUUGACUGAAUAUCAGAAGAAUAUUAAAGAUACAUGGGUUGGGAAGAAGAGUUUUUAAGUUGACAGGUUGCGCUUCAGGAAUACUAAAGAUUGAAGUUGUGCCUUUGUUACAAGUUGGUAUGAGUACAGCAUUCUACUCUCGGCAGAAUUACCGGAGAGUGAAGGAUCACAAUUUCAACUGCAACACUUGAUAUGAACCUCUGUGUGGAUUUAUUAUACCUUUAUAAUGAAUUCGUUAGGAUUACGAUCAGUAAUACGAUUUGUAGUGCCUGCAGAUAGCAGGUGAGGAGGACACCACUACGUUUGUUAAACCUGCGGGAGCAUCCCGCAAGUAACCGAUUCACAGUGGAGGUCCGGUCGCGUCACGCGACUCGGGAAUGCCAAAGUCCAAUCAUGGUGAUGACUCGAGCCCAAGUGACCCUUCGUUGGGUCCAAGUUGUGCUUUAUGUUUCAACAUUUAUCUUCAGUCUUCUGGUUUGUGUGCCGAUGGCCACAACCACCAAGGAUUUCAAUGGUAAAUGCAUAUUAUACGCCGAUGUUGACGUUAAAAUUGCUGAGGAAAAUGGUUCCCUUGUGGCAAGAAUUGUACAAGAAGGGACUACAUGGGGUGAAUUCAAAACGUGCGGAUACACCAUGUAUACGAACAUCUUUGUGUGUAUAUAUGCAGUGGUCUGGUGUUGUAUAUACCUCUUAGUCACGAAAAGGGAUAACGUAGAUAAAGGCCCCCAAAGCCAGUUAAAGGAACUGCCAGGUACUCACGGUGUGUAUACUGGAACUCUGGCACAAAACAGUUCAAGCCAUAGUACGGCUACGCUCCCGACGAAUUGCGUCCCCGGCGAUUGGAGAAAUAGAUAUCUUAAUAUGAUAUCUAGGAGGACAAGCAACCCGCUUCCGGAAGGUCCCGAACUGGACCAAGGAGACAAAGCUGAUAAACUGGUGUUCCCUACACUGCUCUUCAACACUGUGUUAUUUACCUUCGAGCUGAUAGGAAGCUGUGUCUUGUCUCUAGGGCUGAGGAAAUGGUGUUUGAACCUCGAGAGCAAAGAUGAGGAGCAAGGCGGUUUUACCUGCGAGUCCACGCAAUAUUUGAAAUGGCCGAAUAAUAUCAAUGGAGGGAGGUUUUACAUUCUGCUCACUAUAUCAGAGAUUGCUUCCUGGUUGGCAACCAUCACCGCCGGGGGGCUUUCAGCCAUUGCAGCGGAGAGGUUCUGUCGCUCGGUAUGGGCACCUACGUUUAGAUACACCAUUCGUUACGAAAACGGCUUGGUCGGCAUGGACAUGAAAAAUAUAGUCGAUAAUGCAUCCUAUAAUACAAUGGAGAACAGUGUGCCUGAACAAGGAUUCGAAAAUUCCCAAGGUUCGAAUACAACAAGAGAACCCACCGAACUUGAGGUAGAGACGAAUAAAAUACAACCGGCCGGGAAUUCCUUAGCCGGUUGUCAUGCCGGUGGUUUUCAGAACAAAUCGGAUGCAAACCCUGUACAGUCCCCCUGGGCGAGUGAGAAAGCUCCUCUCAAGAAAAAAUAUGUCGUCGUGUAUUCCUCGCCCCCAGGUUAUUCUAUACCGGAGGACAUGCAGUUGAUAAGUACUGUAUAGCCAUGUCGACGUCUCAAUAACAUGGAGGCGAGGUGUAUUCUGCUUUUUGCUCCUGCAUUGCCGUGAUGCCCAGCUGGCAGUGCGCAAGGGCAAGGGAACUGAGGAUGACACGCGGCCAAAGGUCUUCCUGAUUGGUGUGCGCGGGUCGACCGUCACCAUUUUGUCAUUCACAUCCUGCUUUACAUUUUCAGGCAGGGGUGAUGAGGUGUACGUCUAAACGAACCUCCCCUCGUCUGAUCCGAGUUUAACCAGGAGACCGAGGAGGAGAGUUUCGUAUCCCUGCGCCCGGUCCCAGGGUAUACCUUGUUAUCCUAUUGUGAUGAAGAUAAAAAAACACGGAGAAAAUAUUAUACAUAAUUCCAUAAUCAACCAAUGCAAUAUACCACUGGAUUCAGACAAACCAUUCUAACUGUCCAACCUUGCUUGGGCAAAAAAUUAUAACAUCGUUUAUUCGAACUUUAUGGCUUUAGUUGGGAAUUCGCAAAAACUAGAAACGCAUGAUAUAUGUAUCAGAGUGUAAUUAUAACAAUAUUUGAACAACAUGAAUUGCAGGAGGCCAGGCUAUAAGUGUGCUUGUGGUGAAUGGUGUUCUGGAGAAUGAAUGGAAGGGCGUGUGGCAUCAUAAGCCUUGGAUGACCUUCAUAAAUUAGAGUUCGCCCCUGACAAUUGGUCAUGAAGCGUAAUACGCACGUGACGGCGAGCGAGUAGCUCACGUGAUAUCGUUGUGGUUGUUGUCUUUUGCACUGGCGGGCGCGCAUAACGUUCGUUUCUACUCAUUUAGAAGUGAUACCACUAAAUGUCGUUUCUCAAACUGAGCGGAUCUGCUGACGUUCACGUGAUUUAGACCCGAUGUUUUCGGGAAAUAAACAGUUUGCAAACAAUGUACAUGUAAAUAUGUUAUAUACAAAUCGUUUCCUUUUUAAAUUUUCUAUAUCACACGGCAACCAUUGGCAGUUAUAUAUCGGGAAGAGUGUGAGUGUUCAAAGGAUAUAAUAAUGUGUAGGUCUCCACAGAAAUGUAUCCUCCCAUGACAGACCUUUGGAUAAACGUUUCUAUAAUAGUGAGUGUAUAUCUCUGGAACGAUGCAAAGGCCUGUUGAGGGAAGAUGCAGAAAUGUGAUUUUCAGUGAUCGAAUUAUAAAUGAAUUAAGAGAGAAUCAACUAUAAGCAUCGAAGAUAUCAUAUCAGAUCGCUCAAGGAAGUGAAAGACAUGCGUGUAUAAGCAGAUAAGCUGUAUAUCUCAGGUUUUAUUUUGCCUGACUUGCUUUAAUCAUAGCGACUUACUUGAUAGAAUUGAACACUAGCAAACCCAAGAGUCUGCGCUCAGAGGAUUUUGUGUGAAUUAAGAAGUGAUUAUGAGGUGAUGAACUUUAAGAAGUGUCAUCUAUAACGGUGAUUCGUUAGAGUAAUGAGCUAGAACACAGGACGACAACGACAACCCGUUGGAUAUGGCAAUCUGAUGAACUUUUGACAGUCGGCGUUAGAAAUUUGUGCCACCAAUCCGGGUAUAUUGCGUCGCAUGCGUGUCAUCGGGGAUGUUGUGAAUGGGUGUGAGUGAAUGAUUGAUUUUGCAAGAAUCUGUGAACGGGUUCUGCUUGAUGGUGUGUGGAUAGGAUCACAGGAACUUGAUGCUGGGUCAAACAAAAUGAUCAGGAGACAGGUUUCCAAAAGAUAAUCAGACCAUUUCGAUGAAUUUUCAGCGUUUCUGGGCCUGCCUAUAGCUCAUUUCACCACUUUUACUGUAUGCACACGGUUAAUAGCCGCCGGGAAAUCUAGGAAAACUACAAUCUCCUUAACUCACUUUGUAUUUAGUUUGGCGAGAGGUGGUUUAAAUUUGGCUUGCAAGAUUCGAACCUUAUGGACUCAUUGACCAGCUACUAACCAACGAACUACAAACGCCGCAUUCCUGUGAGUUGGGUUGAUGAUGGCUCCUGCGAGAUUGUGGACGUGCAGCAGACCAAUAUUACGGGCUUUUUUGUGUAUGGUGAUAAAAUUUUAUACUUUCUUCUGAGAUCCAAUCUUUCCCGAUCUACUGUGAGGUCUGUCAAUCUCCGCAUUGAGUAUGAUUGUCGCUGUUGCAUGCGUGCCAGAUAUGUUCAAAGAGCGUUAGCAUCGAGUUGGCAUAAUUUUAUUGUUGAUAUCAGCAAUGCCAUGCACUAGAACGCAAACGCGCUUUGAAUGACUAUCUGAAUGAUUUGACUGAAAGAAUGUGCAGAAUGAAAGUGUGGAGUUGUCCUAUACUGUAUAGUCGGGAACAGUCGCGACGUUGAUGUCAACAGCCUUGUUAUUGGACAUAUCGUGUGGUGGUAAAAGAAUCGAUGACUUCUUGCCGGUUUUACAGUAUAUGUUGGUUGGCGUGAGUGAGACGUGGAUUGUCUGACUGUCCGACAUCCCGUUUGAACAGGGGAAAGGGGGAUAAAGGCAUUCGUGAAGGUAUAAAGAAUGAAAUAAAUUCAUACUAUCGUCGCUUGGUGCGCCAGGUGUGAGCAUUGUUCAUAUGUACAUAGUGUUUGUGGUGUGGUGGAGACUGAUUGUUAUUGGCGCAACCAGGCUUAAAAGACAGGGGACAAGUUGUGAUAACUGGCAUGGCUCGGUGGCGAUCCAAUAGUAUCAUGGACUUUAAUCAGUAUUUAGGUCAGUGCUAGUAUAUGAUAGUACAAAAGUCAGGAGCGGAAUUUGGGAGCGGUCUGAACCUCUAUGCGGACAUAAAAAGCCUGAAUAUUGUUCGUUUUUUAAAACUCUAUAACCCAUGUAAUGGAUGAAUAUGAUUUUGUUAAACACGAGGUAUCGCUUGAAUUUGCCUGCAGUUUUGUUAGGAAUGAACCGAGGCUGUAUACACAGGGUAACGACCGAGGCCGGGGCCGACCGAAUAGGCACUAUUAUAUGCAAAAAUCAGUCAUUCUUUGAUUUCAAAGUAUAUAAAAAGUGUGAACAUUCUUCUUAUAUAUACUGUGACUGUAACCUCCGGUGCGUACGAACCGAAUUCUAACAACGGCUAACAAUAACAUGACGUCUUCAUAACCCAAAUCAAGUGCAGUAGACGAGGCAAGGACGAAGACAAAAAUACAAUCCAAGACAUUUUCUACCAAUCACUCGUCUCUGGUUUGAAUGGUCCGGAACUGUCCGUUGUGAUUUCGGCUGGUACGAAAAAGACCAACUGAAUUUUUGUGCAAAGUAUACCACAUAAACAAAGUGCUGUCCGCUUUCGGCUAAGACAGUACCGAGGUUACAGUAUACUAGAGCAAUAAAUGCUGAUGACUUAUCAAAUCAGAGCGAUCCUCCUCACCAAAAUUGUAUAAGUACUUGCCUCGCAUUGAUAUAACACAACGCACUUUUUUACUCAUAACCCGCCAAAUUCACUUGCAACCCUGCAGUUUAAAGUUGUUGCUGGAUAAAGAAGCAGUUAUUCACCCUAUUAGAUAUUUCAACGCAAUACGAUUAUCGUCUGUGCUCGGAGUAAAGAGUUUCCCUCCAUGUAUAUUUAGCGUCUUCUGCGCUUUGGCAACUCUUGAUGACGAAGUCAGAUUUUUACCUCCUAACCCUUCGACAUCACUCGUUGUUGUACGGGCGAGUGUUGGGGUUCUUAAAGUACGUGUCAGGCCCAUCGUUUUCCUCUCUGGAUCAUAUCACCUGUAAAUUCUUUUCCAAGUAAUUCAUAUAAAUACGGACCACAUAAAAAAUUUAAAAUA